CAAUAUUAUCACAGUUGUUGAUAGUGUUUGAAUUAUGGCGUUUAAACGAUUGUCCGUAUGGUUUGUUUUAGUGACCAUAUAUUGGAUGAUCAUUAGGACUGAUGCCUAUUGUGGUGAUGAAUGGUGUGAUACAAAUACAAAACUUGAAGUAAAGGGUAGAUUUGACUGUUCAGUUACAACUGAUUGUACCAAUUCAUCGCAUAAUGUUUGUGUAAACCAGUAUUGCUAUUGUGAACCAAAUUAUAAAUAUAACAUUAAAAAGAAGGGAUGUUAUCGAUACUAUUGUAAUGAAAAAUUUCAAUCAACUGAUUGUUAUCCAAAUCAUGAUUUUCAUAGACAUUGCUCUUAUGAUUCGUGUGAUUGUGAAUAUGGUUAUAAAGAAGGAAAUUAUAAUUACGAUGGCUUAAAAUGUAUUUGGAAUAGUUAUACACCAAAUGAUUAUUAUGGUAAUGGCAUCAGUAUAUGGUAUUGGGUUUGGAUAUUCAUAGUAAUACCCAUACUAUUUGCUAUAUCUAUUGGAUUAUGUGUUAGAAGAAGAAGAAGAAUGUUACUAAAUAGACAACAGGCUAUUGUCAUUCAUCAACAGUCACAGUAUAUGACAUCAAGUAAUGCCGUUCCCAUUGCUCACUAUAUGACAAAUAAUACAUCAACAGGUUUAUCCACCCCUGUAUAUGACCCUCCACCAGCUUAUGUCCACACUACAGUAACCGGUGCUCCUGUUUAUGGUAGCACUAUAACUCCAAGUGCACCAAUGUAUGCCAAUCUGACAGUCACCGGUCCUCUACGGUAUCAACAGCAACAACAACAACAACCCCUACCUCAGCAGCAAAGGUGGUGAUUCACAUAGAGUUACUUAUUUAUAUUAUAAUAUACUAACUUAUAAUUGUACUUGAUUAAAUUAUACAAUUCA